UCAUCACUCCAGAGUAUAGAGUCCCAGUAGCCUUCGUCCUUUUCAGCAUGUGCCCUGGCGAACUCUAGACGGGCUUUUUUGUGACUGGGCUUUAGGAGAGGCUUCCUUCGGGGACGACACCCAUGCAUGCCAUUCCGCUGCACUGUACGGCAUAUUGUGUCACGUGACACAUUCACUCCAAUUUCAGUCUCUACUUCCUUAGAUACCUGUUGUGCACUUGCAUGCCGAUUUUCCUCAACUUUUCUCAUUCCAAGCCGCUCCUGCCUGGGUGUUAGUUUUCUUGGCCGGCCUGUACGUCUCUGUACUUUGGCUGCAGUUCCAUCUGUCUUGAAUUUUUGGAUCACUUUUGCAACCGUGUUCUUACUGAUAAGUAAGGCUUUACUGAUCUUCUUGUAGCCCUCACCUCUCUUGUGUAAAGCAAUAAUCCGCUUUCUCAGAUCCAGAGACGUUUCCUGGCCAUGAGGUGCCAUUGCUGACAGCAGGAAAUGGGAAAUGGUGGUUUGCUUUAGCCAGCUGGGCUGCCUAGUGACAGGAAUUACCCGCCAAAUGACAAAUUAAGUCUCCUCGUGUGACCGGACCACCACGAAUUUCGAGCCCUGUUGUGAGUGAUGGAGUCUCUCCUGAGAGAACAGUUUGGUUUUAAAGGCGGAGGUGACUCUCUGAGAGAGGAGGUCUGUGGGAUGAUAAGAUGGCCACCGUCUUCUCUGUCUGUGGACAUUAAUCAGUUUGCUGCUGCGUAUCAUGAGAUCAGAGUGCGUCUGUCCAGCCUGGAGCGAGAGAAUAGCAGCAUCAGGAGGAAGCUGAAGAACUAUGAGAUGAAGUUCCCCAUGAUCAGUGUGUGUGAGGACGAGAGAAGUGUGUGCUGCUCCUGUGAAUCUGAGAAGGUCGAACUGAUCCAGACUGAAAACAGCAACCUUCAGCAGAGGAUCAACAACCUCAUGCAGGAGCUCCAGAAGGGUAAAGCUCACGAGCAGCGUCUGGAGGAGGUGAUUAAAGUGUAUGAGAAAAUUCAUCUGGAGAAGAGCAGCAUUCAGAAGGAGCUGGAUAACAUGACGACUCUGGCUGAGCAGCAUGCGGAGAGGAUCAGGAAGCUGGAGACGACGCUCAGUCAGAGAGAGAGCCUCCUGCAGAAGAAGAAAGUGAGAGAAACUUCACAUCAGCGCAAUAAAGAAACUCGUUACCUGCAUCUGUACACCAGCCUGGACACGCCCUACGCGUUAGAGUGUCCCGGGCCGAGCCUGCAGAGUUCACGCAGUCUGGACACACUCACUGACCUGAAGGUCCAACGUCUGGAGGCAGAGCUUGAGGGGGUGUGGCAUGAGGCUAGAGGGGCGUAUCAGCGGGAGGCGGAGCUUAAGGCUGAGCUGCAGCAUCUACAGGAAGAGAUCAGACAGGAGAAAGAACGACAGGAGUUGGAUGUGGAGUGUGAACACUGCAGUGUGGAGUGGAUUAAAAAGGCAGGAGAUGAACAAGUGAACCUGGCGCUGGCCUACACGGAGCUGGUGGAGGAACUGAGUCGAAUCCGCAGCCUCACUGCUGAACAGAACCGAAUACUGGGACAGAACCGCAGCUCCCCGGAUCAGAACAGUCCUGGAUUGAGGCAUGGCCCCGCCUCUCCUCCCUCUGACCCCGCCCCUCCAUCCCCUCACUCGAUGAGGUCGCACUUCCGAGAUCGCCGUAGUUACUCAGACAUGGCCGACCCCUCGGUCUCUCCUCACAUCAUCCACAGUCCCGUUUCCACUCUUCCAAAGCGCAGAACCACAAGCCACGCCCACCUUAGGCCAAUAUCCACUGGGCCCCGCCCAUCCUCUGCCCACGGAGCUCUGGAACUGAGCUUCCAGCUGCCUGACUCCACUCCUGCUCCACUGGCCACACCCCCUCAGUCCUCAGAGGAUGAAGAUGAUGAGUGGGCGGGGCUGAGGAUAAUGACGCCCCCUCACUCACACCCCCGCAGUGAGCAUGCUCAGUCCUGGCCGUCAAUCAAGUUGUGGAUGGAGGAGGAGGAGAGCGACUCUCGGAGUUGUCCUCUCUGUCAGCUCUCGUUCCCCACCAGUUUUCCUGAUGAUGCUCUGAUCACACACAUGGACACUCACCUGGAAAACAGCAAAAUAUAACACACACACACACACACACACACACACACACACACACGUGAUUAAUCUGAUCCUGAUUCUACGCUAUAACACUGUGAAUUCUCCACACGCCGUACGUCUGAUUCCUGAAGCAGGUUUCUCUGUCCCAGUUGUUCUACAGUCGAGGGCUUCAGUGUAAUAAAACCUCAGUCCAGUUCUUCCCCAUAACUUUGUGUUUAAUGUUAGAAAUUCACUACAGUUUAGAUUUUUACCUGUUAAGAGCUUCUCAUUGAUCAGUAAUAGUCCAGAACCGUGUGUCCUGAUUGGCUGAGAGCAGUGAGGAUCAUAACAGCAUCAGAUGAAGUCAAUGAUCUUAUCAUUAUCAAUACACUACAGUAAAACUGGCGUUUACGAUAUCUACACGGAACGGAUCCCACUGCUCUCUCUAACUCAGGCUUCUGUUUACAUCUUUUCUGGACCAGAAAUGAGCCCCCCAAAAGCAGAGGCGCUUAGCUCCACCCAUAUUCUUUCACAGGAAACUCAACAGAGUUGGGCUGUGCGAACAGAACGGCUUCUUAAAGGUGCACUGUGUAGGAUUUAGUGGCAUCUAGUGGUGAGGUGGCAGAUUGCAACCACCUGAAUACCCCUCCCUCCCUCCCUCCCUCCGUCCUUCACCACUCCCUCCCUCCCUCCCUCCCUCCCUUUCCAAGUGUGUAUUAGGUCCAAUGGUGACCGUCAGGUGCAGUAAGUUCUGCCUGCAGAGCCGAGGUUUUCAUCCCAGUGGCAUUGAAAUCAGUAUUUCAAUUGUUCUGGGGAGGUUCCUGAUACAUUUGUGAUAUAAAACUAAAAUAAAAACAACACGAGUGACAGAGGCGGCACGGUGGUGUAGUGGUUAGCGCUGUCGCCUCACAGCAAGAAGGUCCUGGGUUCGAGCCCCGGGGCCGGCGAGGGCCUUUCUGUGUGGAGUUUGCAUGUUCUCCCCGUGUCCGUGUGGGUUUCCUCCGGGUGCUCCGGUUUCCCCCACAGUCCAAAGACAUGCAGGUUAGGUUAACUGGUGACUCUAAAUUGAGCGUAGGUGUGAAUGUGAGUGUGAAUGGUUGUCUGUGUCUAUGUGUCAGCCCUGUGAUGACCUGGCGACUUGUCCAGGGUGAACCCCGCCUUUCGCCCGUAGUCAGCUGGGAUAGGCUCCAGCUCACCUGCGACCCUGUAGAAGGAUAAAGCGGCUACAGAUAAUGAUAUGAGAUGAGACGAGUGACAGAAACACUUUUGAAUCUUUUACGGUUUUCUUCUGAAAACUAAAAGCCUAGUUUGUGGUUGUUAGGUUCGGUAUUUGUCUGGGCUUUGAGUGUUACUCUGAACCUGACCAUCUUAUUUCCAUUAAUACAAUAGCUACAUCCAUCAACACUGUAUGGACUGUACCAUUACAAUUCCAGACAGGGGGAUAUUCCAUACAAGUAAAACCAUUGAUGUGGGGAUGUGUGUGAGGGGGCGGACUCUUAACUGCAACAGCAAUAUAAAUAAGUAUCAGGGCCAAACUUUGAUAUUAAUAUUUAACAAAAUACUCAAUUAAAAGAAAAAGCAAACCUAUGUAUACUGAACACCAUCAGUCUCGUAAAAUGGCUCCUACAUUCUCCGUCUUCCUUUCUUAUUACUUGUCUUCCUUCUGGUGCUGGAUUCAAGCCGCCACCUUUAAAAACAUGCAAUGUGAAAUGUGCUCUCUCGAGCCAGUGUUGGGUUUGUCCAUACUCAGGGCUACUGCAGUGGUGCAACAUGGCGGCGCUGUGAAGUGGACCCGCCCCCUGUCAAGAUAUAAAGGGCUCAUUCUAAGCUUACGAGAACACGAUUCGUAGUUUCAGGUGAUUAUACACUAAUUAAAACAAUUCUGAAUACUACUGUAUAUUCCAUUUCUGCUAAUAGAUCCCACUAAACCCUUCAACAAUCAGUCGAUGCCACAAGGGACAUCGGGCGGCGUCAAUUUCUAUUUCAGUAGCCCUCGGCCUCUCGCCUAUUACAUAGCUGGGGUUACAGUCAGGGGGCGGGUCCUCUGGUAACUGCAAGAGUUUGACUCCUUACUCACAUCUGUAUUGCAGCCUCACCAGAUGGCAGUAGGUACCAGUUUUAUGAUGGUCUUUGGUACGACCCAGCCGCGAUUGGUCGAGAGGCAGACUUGCCAACCCCUAGGCCAACUCACGAUUAAAUCCUUCAUAGUGCACCUUUAAUCUUUUCGUUGCAGUUCUCUUUGCAGCCAGCAGAUCAGGACUUGUAUGGUUUUACAUCACGCUUCAUAGCUUCACCCAGAUAACUGAGCACAUCAUCUCUGUAAUCUACACACUGUCAGGGGAAAUCAACUAAAAUCUGCCACACAAAAUGCAUACAAUAACAGCAGUUCUGUUUAAUGUAUAAGUAUUAUCCAUUAGUUUAUAGCUCUGUGUUUUAUUGUGGUGUUUCAGGUUGUGAUUAGCUUCAUGGACACUGAACAGAUGACACAGCUGUUAUGACUUGGACACAGGAUGAAUAAUUGCACAUUUCUCUGUCCAACUAAAUUUAAAAUACUGAAAUUAUUUGUGAUGUGUUUAAAAAUCCUGCUCCUAGUUGGUUAUUUGGUGCUGUGAUUACUGCUGUGCGAUUCCCAGGAGAGCUCAUCACUUACCUUCUGCUCUGGUGUCACAAGGGGGCGUUGUUAUUGUGAACACAGGUACACUGGGGUUUAACUGAUGUUGAUGGUGGUAUUAGGGUGAAAGCUUUAGGAGCUGAUCUGUUCGAGCAGAGUGUACAUGAGGAGGUGAGAGAUAAAGCCAGGGCUAAAUCCCAUUCCACCACCAUCACCAGGUAGUCCAGAGGCAUUGUGGGUAAUGUAGGAAAUAUACGACCUGAUCAGUUUUAAUUCUAUAUGAUGAUCACAAACAUAAUCAGAAGCCCAACACUGAUAAGGGAGGAGCAAUAACCAGCUUAUGAACACUGUUAUUAACACUGGGGCAUGUCCAAUAUUUACUCAUCAACUCGGGUUGUGUGUAACGUGUGUAAACGUAAGAAUUAAUGUUGAUACUUGCUCAGUGUUUAAUGUAGUAUUUCAUUAUUUUUUAUUAUUGCUAAUGAGGAAUUGCACUCAAUGUGAUCUGAGUUUCAAUAAUAAUAAUAAUAAUAAUAUGUAAUGAAAUAUCAGCCGUACACUUGACUUGAGGAGCUGUACACUAAACUGAAUGUAAAAAGAAAAGCUCAGCAUCAUCAUCCUGUGGUAAAAGUUGUGUUGUGUGUCUCAGAUCUGUUAUCGAACUCAAUAUCAAACCGUUUAAUGUUGUUUGUUUCAUUCAUACCUUUUGCUACGAGUCUGUCUGUAAGUGUAUGUGUUACUGUUGAUGGAUUUAUCUUUAAAAAACAAAAAACUCACUCACAGGAAGGGCUCGUGUUAAACUUCUGACUGUUUAAAGCCUGAAAUGCAAAUAAAUUAAAAAUUUCUGCUUGUACCUCUGUCAUGGAAAAAAAAAAGAAUGCUUCCACUAAUGAUGAUAAUAAAAGCUAAAUUAAAUCUA